GUCCUCUCGCGCACGCCCGCACUCCUACGGAGGUCCCGAAAUCCCCAUCCUCUUCCUUAUCAUCAUCCUCUCCCAGCUUCCUUCUGUAUCCUUUGGUCUUACUCAUCGACCAUCACCACCUCUCAAACUCCCUUCUUCGAGUGCAAGGCGUCGUUUGUUUGCUAGCGUCCGUAAUCACGCAUACAAGCCCCCGUUUCCCGGUCAGCAUUCUGCUCCUCGCCUCCGAACCUCGGACCUUGGCCGAAGGCGCUUGACACCGACUUCCUCGGAUACAUCCAUAACAUUCCAUCCUCCCUCGCUCCAUCCCCAUCUCCACACGUCUACCGGGGGGUUUUUUUUUUUUUUUGCUUUUUUUACGCCUCAACUCUUUCCCAGAAAAUAACCACACUUUGCGAAGAAGCACCCUCUUCCCUUGGUCAGGGCCCCUUUCUUGAAUACCCAGCAAAGCCAUGGUCGCCGUCGCACACGUUCCCGCCCCCCUCGGGGAGGCCCAUCUGGAGAAGCAGCCCAUCAAGUUCUCCAACCUGCUGCUAGGCGCCGGCCUCAAUCUCUUUGAGGUCACCACCCUCGGCCAGCCCCUCGAGGUCGUCAAGACCACUAUGGCGGCCAACCGUGGCGACGGCUUCACCACGGCUCUGGGUCGCAUCUGGGCUCGCGGCGGCAUUCUAGGCUAUUACCAGGGCCUCAUCCCCUGGGCUUGGAUCGAAGCCUCCACUAAGGGCGCCGUCCUGCUCUUCGUCGCCUCCGAGGCCGAGUUCUACGCCCGCCGCGCGGGCGCUUCCGACUUUGGCGGCGGUAUCAUCGGCGGCAUUACCGGUGGCGUCGCCCAGGCCUACGCCACCAUGGGCUUCUGCACCUGCAUGAAGACGGUCGAGAUCACGAAGCACAAGAUGGCGGCCACGGGCGUGAAGCCGCCCGGCACCUUCCAGACGUUCAUGGACAUUUACCGUCGUGAGGGCGUUCGGGGCAUCAACCGCGGCGUCAACGCUGUGGCCAUCCGCCAGAUGACCAACUGGGGCUCCCGUUUCGGUCUCUCCCGCCUCGCCGAGCAGGGCAUCCGCCGCGUCACGGGCAAGGAGCACGGCGAGAAGCUCGGCGCCGGCGAGAAGAUCCUCGCCAGCGCGCUCGGCGGUGGCCUGAGCGCUUGGAACCAGCCCAUCGAGGUCAUCCGCGUCGAGAUGCAGAGCAAGAAGGAGGACCCUAACCGCCCCAAGAAGAUGACGGUCGGCAAUACCUUCAGAUACAUUUACGAAACCAACGGCAUCCGCGGUCUCUACCGCGGCGUUGCCCCUCGCAUUGGACUCGGCAUUUGGCAGACGGUUUGCAUGGUUGCUAUGGGUGAUAUGGCCAAGACGUAUGUUGAGAAACUUACCGGUGAUAAGGUUACGGCUAAGCAUUAAGAGAUGGCGUUAAUAUGGAGUGCUUGGCUACCACUUGAAUUGGUAACAAAAAAAAACAUGCUUAUAGAAAAAGGGUUUACUGUUCUUUUUUCGUUCUGGAAACUCGGCUCUCGCGUACUUCGUACAAUCGACGCCGACUUGCUUCUGGCGAUGCUUCGCAUAGGCGCUUGAUAUAUAGCAGGAAUUGCGACUGAGAUGUAGUGAGAGACGUAAUACAAGUCCUAAAGUCCGCAGAG